AUUAGGGUUUCAUUCUCUAGGGUUCGCCCAACAGAGGACUCGGCACAGUAGGAAGAUCGACAACAGCGACAUCCGUAGCCAUGGUUCUCAAGACUGAACUCUGUCGUUUCAGUGGAGCCAAGAUAUACCCUGGAAAGGGUAUCAGAUUCGUUCGUGCUGAUUCUCAGGUUUUCCUGUUUGCCAAUUCAAAAUGCAAGAGGUACUUCCACAACAGACUGAAGCCUUCAAAACUUACUUGGACAGCAAUGUACAGGAAGCAGCAUAAGAAGGAUAUUGCCCAGGAAGCUGUAAGGAAGAGGCGCCGUGCCACCAAGAAGCCUUACUCCAGAUCCAUUGUGGGUGCAACCUUGGAAGUUAUCCAGAAGAAAAGAACUGAAAAGCCUGAAGUCCGAGAUGCAGCUAGGGAAGCUGCGCUCCGUGAAAUUAAGGAGAGGAUCAAGAAAACAAAAGAUGAAAAGAAGGCGAAGAAAGCAGAAGUGACGUCCAAGGCACAAAAGGCCGGAAGCAGGGGAAAUGUUCCCAAGGGUGCUGCACCAAAGGGCCCUAAAAUUGGAGGUGGCGGAGGGAAGCGUUGAACGAGUGCUUCAUUAGACCAUAGUAGUGAGUAGGAUGUAUGCUUCUUUCUGGGUCUUGUAAGAUUUUCAGUAUUAUGUCAGUGAAAGGUUUGUUGCAUUUGCAGUUCUACUUAUUUUUGCUUAAAGAGAAUUAGAAUAACUGAUUUAAUUUCAGUAUUCAUGUUUGGAUUCUUCUCAGCAAGAAAAGAGAUCCUUUUGCCCUUUUGAUUUGGUA